UGGGUGUCUUGUUACAUUCCUUAUAAGGACCCCCAGUUCACAAGUGCUAUCACUUUCUGCUCUAUCGCAGAGAACUGCUAUUCUUAGGCUUUCACUUCAGCCCAUCUCAGCAGAGGCUCUUUGCUGCUUGCUCCCCUUUUCCAAGUACUAGGAGGAGAAGCUGAGAAAAAAAGACAACAAAAAAAGUGAAAAAAUGGGAAGUUACACAGUGAGCCUCAGUGGACCUGCCCCAUGGGGUUUUAGGCUACAAGGUGGAAAAGACUUCAACAUGCCUCUCACAAUCUCCAGGAUUACCCCUGGCAGCAAGGCUGCCCAAGCUAAUUUGAGCCAAGGUGACAUCAUUGUGGCAAUCGAUGGAGUAAGCACUGAUGGAAUGACCCAUCUGGAGGCGCAGAAUAAAAUUAAAAGUGCCAGUUACAAUCUGGCCCUCAGUAUGCAGAGAUCAAAACGCCCAGCUCCUGUUCCCACAGCGACUCCACGAGUUGACUCGCCAAUGCCUGUUAUUCCCCACCAGAAGGACCAGUGUCUUCAACUCAAUGGCACCAUACGAACAUCAUAUGCUGCCAGCACUCAGCUACUAGGUGGUAUGAAUGAAUGCAGUUCCUUCAUCAGCAAUCAGCAAUUCAGUCCACCCUUGGGUAGACCUGAUCUCAAAGGUCAAAACCCUUCUACUGCAAAGAUAAUGUCAGUUGUAGCUGCAGAAAGCCCGGGUGCCAAGUCUUUUCAUUGCCAAAAGUAUAACAAUCCUAUUGGCCUUUAUUCAGAAGAGACCUUAAAAGUCAUUGCCCAUGCUCAUGGCAGCCAGAAAGGAUUGAGCCUCCUAGGGGGUACUCUACCAGUUAAAGAUCCUCUCGUAGACAGUGCCUCCCCUGUAUAUCAGGCUGUGGUCAAAGACAAGGAAAAAGGACAAAAUCCUGAAAUAGAGGAAUGGGCUCGUCGAGCAGCCAACCUACAGUCCAAGUCCUUUCGUAUUCUGGCUCAUCUGACAGGAACAGAGUAUUUGCAAGACCCAGAUGAAGAUGCAUUGAGGAGAUCAAGUGCUGCAGCUCCGCAUGCUCCUGUUUCUACAAGCACCUCUCCUGCACCCCUACCUGCUGCUUCAGCAAGUGUGCCUGUUGAUAAUGUACACAGCCUUGCCAGUCAAGUGAACCCACUUUCCCCAGCUGCAGCAUGCGAGGCUCCUGCUACUGCCUUGUCUUGCCCUAAAAGCUCACUGAGCUUAUCGAGGACUCUUCCAGGGUCUCAAAGUCUCUCUAAUGCUGCUUCCACAAUCUCUUCUGCCAUCAGUGCCCAGUCUAGAAGCAAUGUUAAUAACUCUUCUGAACCAAAGACUGCAUUGGAGGCCCUGUCAAUCAACCCUGUAAUUUGCACCAGAGCUCUGCCUCCACGAAGGGCAUCAGCCCCCUUCAGUCCCAUGGGGGUGGCAAGGCAGCAGAGCUUCAGCAUGCAGUCAUCUUCUUCCUACAGCUUCCCGUCAAAAAGUGCUGCUACCAGCACUUUUCCUCAGCAGAGUUCAAUUGAGAUUCCAAUUUCUCCCGGAAAACCUAAGGUUGUCAGCACUGCCAACAUUACUCCAUCUGUAGCUCCUUUGGGUCGUACUCCGGCUCAUGCUCCUGCACCAGCUCCAGCACCAGCACCAACAAUGUCUACAUCUUCUGGAAGACCACCUUGGGUGACAGAUGAGCACUUUUCUCAGAAAUUUAGUCCAGGGAAAAGUACCACCAGUUUAACAAAACAUAUCCAGCCAUUGCCACAAGCUGCUCCACCACCACCAGCUUACAUCCCUAACCCCAGCCAGGCCAAUCCUCCAGCACCAAGCCCAGCCUUCAGUCCUGCUCCCUUCUCACCACCUUCAUCUGUAGGCCGUGGUGUAUCCCAGAGAGCAGAGCGUAUUCCUGCUGGCAACCGAACACCAAUGUGUGCAGCCUGCAAUAGCAUCAUCAGAGGCCCUUUCUUGGUGGCACUUGGACGCUCAUGGCAUCCAGAGGAGUUUAACUGCCAUUACUGCCACACAUCUCUGGCUGAUGUGUGCUUUGUGGAGGAGCAGAAUAAUGUGUAUUGUGAAAGCUGCUAUGGCCAGUUCUUUGCACCGACCUGUGCCCGUUGCAAUACAAAGAUAAUGGGGGAAGUCAUGCAUGCUUUGAGGCAGACAUGGCACACAACUUGCUUUGUUUGUGCUGCCUGUGGGAAUCCUUUUGGGAACAGCUUAUUCCAUAUGGAAGAUGGAGAACCAUAUUGUGAGAAGGACUAUAUUGCUCUCUUCAGCACCAAGUGUCAUGGCUGUGAUUUCCCAGUAGAGGCCGGAGACAAGUUUAUUGAAGCUCUUGGACAUACCUGGCAUGAUACCUGUUUUGUUUGUGCGGUAUGCCAUGUAAACUUGGAAGGUCAGCCGUUUUACUCCAAGAAGGACAAGCCAUUGUGUAAGAAACAUGCCCAUGCUAUCAACAUAUAGAGAACCCAGCCUAUCCUGUUUAGAGUAUACAUCAGAAUACCUAAAUGCUGCCUGCAAAGUGCUUAAUGUCACCUAACAUGACAACAGAAAUAAAUGAAAUAAAACGAAAAUGUUUGAAAGCAAAUCAGGUAUUAUUAUGGAGAAAAAAUAAACAAAACACAAAUGACAACAAACACUAUGAUUCUGUUACAGUUUACAGUAUGCAAAAUUUUGCUUUAUAAUUUAAUAAUGUUUGUCAGAACACAUCAGUAUUGGAAAGGAAUAGUUUGGCUAUAAAAUCCUCGGGCUGCAUAGCCACAACCCUGCUAGAGAAAUGAGCAACAAGGGCAAAUUGUGACCAUCUAUAGAUCUUUCUUAUGACAUACAGGCAUUUGCCUCUUUGUUACACUAAGUAUUAAUUGGCUUUAUGGUACUAUUUUAAAAGCAAACUGAUUAACAAUACUGCUCGAAAGAUAUUACCAUAGUUUGUGAACUGCUAUCUUCCCUUUUAGUUGUUUUGUUCCAUGAGAUUUUCCUUGUAGUGUGUGGAAAUGAUUUCUAACAAUAUGAAUUAUUUUAUUUAAUUACGACAUGGUAAAUGAAAGGAUUAUCAAGGGAGGAAAUGAAAAGGUGUUAAUAUGCUGAGCAAUUUGAGUUUGAAUCAAUCUGAACCUGAUCUUUGUGUUUGCGUUUUCUAAGAGAAAGAUCCUAUAGAGCACAAUAACCAUUGUUUUGUUAAUUUUGUUUUAGAUUUCCUUUCUUUGUAUCUGUAUUCUUAUUGAAAACAUUUUUACUGUUUUCACUUAAAGUGUAACUGUUUGUCUUAGUUUAGCUAUUAUUUCCACAGCUUGGAAAUUUUUACAGGAAAUAUAAUGAGCACUGCCCCUACCUGAAUUGUUCAUCUUAAAAUGUACUGGGGUUGGGAGACUUGAAGUCUCAACUUUUUGAUGUCCUGUAAAUUUGCUCAGUGGCAGAGUCUCACAGGAUGUGCUGAAGUGCGUUAUUCGGGAGUAGGUAUCUUCCAGGGGACAACAUUGGCCUGCAGUUACAUGGCCUAUUUUUGUUCAUUGUACUUCUUAAUGCACUUUGGCCGAAUUGACCUAGAGACUUUUUUUUAUCUUCUCAUUACCAGAUUCACAGCUUGUAUUUGUAAAGCUGCAGUCCAUUGUUAGAAUAUUCAAAAAAGAUUAUAUUUUCUGUAGGGAUUGAAUUAGUAUAUUAGUUUGGAUUCUUGACUUUGCUAUUAAUUAUGUUGGAUUGUGUUUUUUUUACUAAAAAAUAUGAAUAUGUUAUAAAACAGUUGUUCUGCUGUUGAGCAGAUUAAUUAAAUGUAGACUAAGGUUAGAUUAUUUGAAAGAAAUAGAAAAUGUGAACCAUAGCAUUAAUAUGAUUUAUAUAUGUUUUAUACAUAUGAACUUGCAUUUGGCCACAGCCGGAUCAUAGCAUUUUCUUAAUUUUAUUCCUAUAGUGGGAGCGAAUGGGCCAUGUAGCUCCACUCUGGUGUACAUGUAUUAAAAGUGCCAGAUCAUGCUAUGUGCCCAAAAUGCUCAAAAGUUUUCUCAUUUUACAUUUCUUUUCAUGAAGCUAAGCUAGGAUGCUUCAAUUGUUUAUAAUGUGAAGCAGCCAUGGCACUGGGUAUUCUCUUUAAUCAUGAAGGACACAUUGAAAUGGAAUACCCUUCCUGUCAUACUGCUUGGUUGAUUCAUUUU